AUGCAAGAACCAUACCACAUUAUAAUUCUGGUUUAUGGAAGACAAGAGAAAGCAGAAAUGGCAGGAGGAGCUAAGGAAGUGGAAGAAACUGAAGAAGCCAAUGAAGGGAAAGAAGCUGAAGAAGCCAGAGAAGCUUGA